AUGCGUGGGAAGGUUUCCUUCGAAGAGGCCUAUGAGAUCCCUGCCCUGGCAGACAGUAGCCGUGACCAGGCUGCUUUAUACAUCGCCCCUAAGGACCUCGACCGAUACUUGAGCGAGAUCAAAAGUCCUACUGGUGGACGGUUCGACAUUUCCAACCAAACUGGUAUUGGUUAUACGAUCUAUUCGUUGACCGUACCCGGUGUACAGGGCAUCGCCGACAAAGCCCAGGCAGAAAAGCAUGCCACCGAUGUCAAUAACUGGAUCCACAAUGAGAUCAAAGAUCAUCGGGACCGUAUGGGCGCCUUUGCAGCCCUGUCGAUGCACGACCCUGUACAAGCGGGACAGGAACUCGAGCGUUGCGUUAAAAAACUCGGGUUUCAUGGCGCACUGCUGAACAACUGGCAGCACGCUGGUGCGGAUGGGGAGACCUACAUCUUCUACGAUCAUCCGUCCUACGACACCUUCUGGCAGAAAUGCGUUGAACUCGACGUCCCUGUGUAUCUGCACCCAUCUGCGGCCUCCGGAAAGGUCUAUGAUACCUUCUAUAAGGAUCGCCGCUACCUGAUCGGACCUCCUAUUUCCUUUGCCCAAGAUGUGGCUCUUCAUACCAUGGGCCUGAUCACGAAUGGAGUUUUCGACCGGAACCCUAAGUUGAAACUGAUUCUUGGUCACUUGGGUGAGAGAAUUCCCCAGGAUCUCUGGAGAACUAAUCAUUGGCUCGAGGAUGUGGAGCGUCCUCUUGCUGACUCCCGUGGCGAUACGAUGUCCCGGAAGCCUCUGUUGCAUUACUUCAAGAACAACAUCUACGUCACCACGUCGGGUCAUUUCUCGACGGAAACCGUCAAGUUUGUCUGUGAUUACUUUGGUGCGGACCGCAUCCUGUUCAGCGUCGACUCCCCCUAUGAGAAAGUCGAGGUGGGCGCCGGCUGGUAUGAUGAGGACAAAGAUAAUUUGACGAAGGCGCUUGGUGGCCCACAGAAGUAUCUCGACGUUGGGCGUGAGAAUGCUAAGAAGCUCUUCAAGCUGGGCAAGUAUCACGACUCAGAUGCUUAA